AUAUUUGAGGCACCAUCCCUACCACUGCCGGGCACUCGCGGCGCUGCUAACGGCCUGGUCACAUGCUCUCCGGAGAGCUACGGGAGGGCGCUGGGUAACCUCUAUCCAAGCCGCAGCGGCGAGGAGGAGGGAAAAAGCGAGCAAGGAGGAAGAGUGGGAGGAGGAGGGGAAGCGGCGGAGGAGGAAGGGGAGGAGGAGGGGAGCACAAAGAAUCCAGGUCUCCCGGCGGGAGGUUUAUACCAAGAACCAUGUGUGCCGAGCGGCUCGGCCAGUUCGUGACCCUGGUUUUGGUGUUUGCCACCUUCGAUCCGGCGCGGGGAACCGACGCCACGAACCCGCCCGAAGGUCCCCAAGACAGGGGUUCGCAGCAGAAAGGCCGUCUGUCCCUGCAGAACACAGCUGAGAUCCAGCACUGUUUGGUCAAUGCCGGUGACGUGGGAUGUGGUGUGUUCGAAUGUUUCGAAAACAACUCCUGUGAGAUUCGGGGCUUACAUGGGAUUUGCAUGACUUUUCUGCACAACGCUGGAAAAUUUGACGCCCAGGGCAAGUCUUUCAUCAAGGAUGCCUUAAGAUGUAAGGCCCACGCUCUGCGGCACAGGUUCGGCUGCAUAAGCCGCAAGUGCCCGGCCAUUAAGGAGAUGGUGCUCCAGCUGCAGCGGGAAUGCUACCUCAGACACAACCUGUGCUCCGCAGCACAGGAGAACAUCCGGGUCAUAGUGGACAUGAUCCACUUCAAGGACCUACUGCUGCACGAACCUUAUGUGGACCUCGUGAACCUGCUGCUGACCUGUGGGGAGGAGGUGAAAGAGGCUGUCACCCACAGUGUCCAGGCUCAGUGUGAGCAGAACUGGGGAGGCCUGUGCUCCAUCCUGAGCUUCUGCACUUCAGCCAUCCAGAGACCUCCCACAGUGCCACCUGAGCACCAUCCCGUCGGGGACAGAGCCAGACUCUCCAGGGCCCACCAUGGGGACACAGGCCACCACUUUUCAGAUCCCAGCAGCAGGGAGGCCAGCAGAGGCACCAAGGGUGAGAGAGGGAACAAGAGCCACCCAAAUGCCCAUGCCCGGGGCAGAGCCGGGGGCCAUGGCACACAGGGACCUUCUGGAAGCAGUGAGUGGGAGGACGAGCAAUCUGAGUACUCUGAUAUCCGGAGGUGA